AUGGGCGGUGAGGAUUUUGAUGAUCAUGUUGCUAUCAUGGGAGAUUGGAUGCCUCCAAGUCCAAGCCCAAGUUCUCUUUUUUCAUCAGUGAUUUCCAAUGAUACACUCGUGCGAUCAUUUCCCAACUCAGUCAAUGAAACUAAAACCGAACCUUAUCAGAAUAAAUCUCUAACUCAAGCCAGCAUAUCAGUAGAUGGACCGAACGGCUCAAAUUCUCUCAUGGAGCCUAAAAUAAGCUCACGUGGUGGAGGCCUUAUGGAGAGAAGGGCUGCUCGAGCUGGCUUCAAUGCUCCGAGGCUAAAUACAGAAAGUAUUAGGCACGGUGAUCUUCCGAAGGAAGAAGUUCGGUCUCCUUAUUUGACGAUACCACCUGGUCUUAGUCCAACUACUUUGCUUGAUUCCCCUGUUUUCCUUACUAAUUCACUGGUUCAGCCAUCUCCCACAACUGGAAAAUUUGCAUUUGCUCCUCCGGGUUGUAUCAAUCCGAACUCAACAUUGAUGAUGAUGGCAGCUGAACCUAUUAUGACAGAAUCCAAAUCCGUUCCUAAUUUACAUGCGAUAAACAGAGCACACACCUCGUUCCCCCAUCAAACCGAAAGCUCACACCACACGAACAAAAACACGAGCCCAUCUCCUGAGAACACUUCCUCGCUCCUUGACGAGCGGGCCCACGAUGACGAGGCAGACGGCUACAACUGGAGGAAAUACGGGCAGAAGCAGGUGAAAGGGAGCGAAUAUCCUCGGAGCUACUACAAGUGCACCCACCCGAGCUGCCCCGUUAAGAAAAAAGUCGAGAGGUCACAUGAAGGCCACGUCACGGAGAUUAUCUACAAAGGGGCUCACAUCCACCCGAAGCCUACUCCUCUCGGCCGCCGCACGCCGAACGAGGGUGGUGGUGGAGGAGACCUCAUCUGGCCGGUUGGGCGGAGCAAUAAUCCCGAGACACCGUCUUCCCCGUCUCAUGAAUAUGUUUGCGGGGAAAACCAGCACACGGUGGCUCGGGACAAGUUGGGGGCGGAUGGGAGUUUGGAGGGGUCGUUUACUUUCUCGAAUGAGGAGGAUAACGACGAUGACCGUGCGACGAACGGGAGCGUGUCGGUGGGUUGUGAUGGGGAAGGAGAUGAAUCAGAACUAAAGAGAAGGAGGAUUGAGGCUUAUGCUUCGGAGGUGAGUGGGGCUACGAGAGCUAUGAGGGAGCCGAGAGUCGUGGUCCAGACGACAAGUGAGGUGGAUAUACUUGACGAUGGGUACCGCUGGCGGAAGUAUGGGCAGAAGGUUGUGAAAGGGAAUCCAAAUCCUAGGAGUUACUACAAGUGCACAAGUCCCGGGGCUCGACCUUUGAGUGAUAUGGCCCAUAUGGGUUUUGCUGUGCCGAAAACCGAACCUAAGGUGGAGCCCGUGACGGAUGCUGGUCCGGACGGCUCCUUGGUCUAUCAGCAGCUCAUGAGUCGGCUACCGCUUGGGCCACAGAUGUAA